ACAGAGAUGGAUAACAAUGGAACUUUGACUCAUCGACAGAUAUUUUCUGAAAGAAUCCUGCUUGGAAUAAUGCACUUGUUUUUCACAUCAAUUUUUGUAGAAGGCUGUAGACUUAUUUAUUAACUUUGAUUUUUGUUCGUUUAUAACAAACUAGUCCUUAAAGUGAAUAGAAAGUAAGCCUUUGUGGAUACUUGUAUUGAACAUGACUCAUGGAGAAGAGCUUGUCUCUGAGAUGCACCAGGAUUCCGUUGUUCUAACUUACCUAGAGGGAUUACUAAUGCAUCAAGCAGCAGGAGGUUCGAGUUCUGUGGUUGACAAAAAACCUGUUGGGCCAGGUUCAGAGGAUCAAAACUGCACAGUUUCUGGAAACACAUCUCCCAGUUGUCAGAGAGAUGGUCCUGCUCCUAACACACAUACAUAUCGAGGUUCUGGAAUGCUGCAUCACAAAAAGGCAAGGCUGUUACAGUCUUCUGAAGACUGGAAUGCAGCAAAAAGAAGACGGUUGUCUGAUUCGAUUGUGGAUUUAAAUGGAAAAAAAGAAGCCUUAUUAGCUGGCAUGGUUGAAAAUGAGCCUAAAGGAAAACAGGAUAGCACAUUACUGGCCUCUUUGCUGCAGUCCUUCAGCUCUAGGCUGCAGACUGUUGCUUUGUCACAACAGAUUAGGCAGAGCCUCAAGGAGCAAGGUUAUUCCCUCAGCCAUGAUUCUCUACAAGUGGAGAAAGACUUAAGGUGCUAUGGUGCUGCAUCCACUCAUUUGAAAACUCUCUUGAAGAAGAGCAAAGGAAAAGAUGAAAAACUGGAGACUAGUCUGCCUGAACUAACAACAAAUUUUGCAAAAGAUCGGUUUAUAGAGUCUUCACAUACAGGACAGAGUGGUACCAAGGUGAUAAGUGAGCCAUUGUCUUGUGCUGCAAGAUUACAAGCUGUUGCAUGCAUGGUGGAAAAAAGAUCUAGUCCUGCUACAUCCCCCAAACCCAGUGUAGCUUGUAGUCAGCUAGCUUUGCUCCUUUCAAGUGAAGCUCACUUGCAGCAGUAUUCCAGGGAACAUGCUCUAAAAGCACAAAAUGCAAAUCAAAUUGCCAGUGAGAGGCUUGCUGCAAUGGCAAGAUUAAAAGAAAGUGCUCCAAACGAUUCUGGCCAUUUCAAACUGAAAAAAGGUAUGGAAAGCCAUCUGAAUGGUCAGACAAAAUCUUCAACCAAAUCAAUAACCAGCAAAAGCAAUAGAACUCCUUUUCAGGAUUCCACAGGCAUCAUUCAUUCACCUCCCAAAAGCAUAGGUUACAAAGCCACACUGGAAAAAAAUCAUUUGAAGCCACCUUCCAAUAGUAGCUUACUUUUGCACCUUCUUAAGAAUCACAGUGCUACUAAGCAGACUAAGGGGUAUGAGCAAAAUGAGAGAUCGAGUAUUUUUGAGGAGAGUAGUACACCAACCACUGUUGAUGAGUACUCAGAUAACAAUCCUAGUUUUACAGAAGAUGACAGUAGUGAUGAUGAAAGUUCUCAUUCUAAUUGUCUUCCUAUAGACUUAUCUUUUAAACAGAGAACAAAUAAACCAGAUUCUGGGCAGUCAACUUCUCUGGACAAUUUAACCCAGUCCUUGCUUCACAACUGGGAUUCAAAAGUUCCUUGCAUAGAGAAUAUAGAAGAGAAAGACUCCGCUAAAAAUACUAAACUGAAUCCACAUCAGAAAGUGACUUUGCUUCAGUUAUUGCUUGGCCAUAAAAGUGAAGACAAUACAGAGAAAAAUUCAGAAAAUGAGAGCGUAUUAGCUACAGCUGAUGUAUCAAAAUUUAAUUUACCAUUGGGUAACAAAACAUCUGGGACUGAUUGCUAUAGUGUAAAUCGAAUUACUCCAGUAAACACUCCCCCUUUACUAACUUCGUCAAAAGCAGAUUCUCCCAUCAAUCUUUCACAUCAUUCUCCUUUAUUGGUAAAACACAGCUCACCACCUUACAUUUGCACCAUACAGCCAGAGAGACUAAUUAAUCCAGCUUCUAAACACUUGAUGGAUCUUACAGUACACAAAGAACUUCGAGGAACUAAACCUAACAGAAAUGAAACUGGGCAAACAUCCUCCUCUUUUAGUGCAAGCAAACUGCUGCAGAAUUUAGCUCAGUGUGGGAUGUCGAUGGAUGAGCAAAGGCAAACUGGCAAACAGAUUAUUACUCUAAACACAGAGAAACCACUAGGAUUGAUAGAUGGGUUGAAUAGCUCCCUGCUUCCUAACAAAUCAGGUACACUUGAAGAAAACAAAAUACUCAAUAAGCAGCCUCUGCCUAGCGAGCAAAGAUUUCCUAGUACAGAAAUCCAGAAUCUCCUUGAAAGACGCACUGUCCUCCAACUGCUUCUGGGAACUUCCAACAAAGGUAUGAAUGAAAUAAAAGAGAGGAUGUUUUCAAAAGAAGACAGCUUACCAGACCAGGCAGAAAAGCCUUCAAAUGAACAAAUAUUGACUGUGAAAAUCAAAACAGAACCUUCUGAGGAAUCAAAUGUCCUUCAGAAUCCAAAUGCACAGCAAAUAAGGGAAAGUGAUGGUAAGAAAUUUCAAGGAAUCACUAAUUCAAUGGAGAGAAACACAGCUACUUCUCCAGGAUCAGAGGAAUUUAAGCCAGACCCUCUCUCACCUCAAGAUUUUUCUUUUGCAAAGAAUGGUCUGCUAAGUCGAUUACUGAGACAGAAUCAAGAUGGCUGUUCUGCAGAUGAUCUAGAUAGGAGUCCUAGAAACAAUGAACGUACAUUUGUCGAAUCAAAGGUUCACAGCACAGUCCCUAAGAAGAGAAAACUUCAUUCUGAACCUUCAGAAAGUCCUUCAAAAAUACUAAAAAGUAACCACGGUAACAUGUCAUCCGAUUCUGCAAACAAUCACAAGUCUUCUCCAGAAGCCUUGUAUGGGCCUGGGCUUAACCAGAAAGAAUUGCAGUUCAGGAGAACUGAUGCUGAGUCAAAGUAUUCUUCAGUUCAUGGUUCAAACAACGAAACUGAAAACAGGAGUUGGCCUAGAGAAAACAAAGGGUUUAAUGUGUUGAAGCAACUGCUUCUCUCAGAAAACUGUGAAAAAGAGGUGUCUCAGCAUAGGAGUAAUUCAUCCGUCACUGAUAAAAAAAAGAAAGGAAGCAAAAAUAAUCUAACAAAUAAUACCUCUUCAUUGCAUACCCUAAUGGGGAAUCCUGGCCAACAAAGCAACUGUUUGGAUCACCGAACAUUUCAGUACUCAGUUGCGAUGCAAAGUCCUGCCAGUUCGCCCUUUACUGAACGUUUGGGAGGUAUCGUUUCAUCAAAACCUGAUUGUGACCAGUUUAGUGUAUGCCAUGUACCUAGUGAAAAGGGGCCUAUCAAAUGGGUCAUCACAGAUACGGACAAAAAUGAACAUGAAAGAGACUCCCCAAGACUGACAAAAACCAACCCAAUACUGUAUUAUAUGUUACAAAAAGGAGGCAGUUCUAAUAUCCAGGAAGCACAUGGCAAAAAUAUUUGGAAAGAGCCAUCUUUUACAGACAAUUCAACAGCUGUCACAUUCAAGAAAGAAUUAUCACCCAUCACAGAAUGUAAAAUACCUUUUCAUAAUGUGAGAAACCCUUAUAAUAGCCAUCUAGGUAAUAAGGUGUCCCUUCAGCAUAAUGUGAAUGGAGAAGUAUAUGGACUCUUAGAAAAAGUGUUAACAAUUAAGAAAGAACCAGAAUAAAUUAUAUAGUGUUUACAGUCAGGUUUAAAUCUUUGCUUUAAAAAAAUUAAGUGUUGUAAAAAUCUAGCAUGAUUUGAGAAAAGCAUGGUAUAACUGAAACAUGGUUUUGUUUGAUAAAUGUUUCUGCUGAUAUUUAAAAUACCUGUAGUUAAUUUGUUCUUUGCUUUACAGGAAAUGUUUGCAAAAGAUUUACUUGACUUGUUAGUUGUAUAAAACCUCCAUGAAAAGCCUACAACUAAACACUUGGUCCCCUUUUGCAUAUACUUUCCUGAUUCCAUAGCCCUUUUACACUGGUAUGUCUGUAUGAAAAGGUUUUCAACCAUGUGGUUUAGCUUCCUGUUUCCAGACCAUGGAAGUGGUGUAGUGGUUGGGCUGGGAUCUGGGAGAUCCAAGUUCAAAUCCUCACUUUCUCACGGAAUGUUGCUGGGUGACUUUGGGCCAGUCACAUACUCUUAGCCUAAUCUACCUCUCAGGGUUGUUGUGAGGAUAAAACUGAGAAGGGGAGAACGUUGUCACUUUUGGUCCCCAUUUGGGAGAAAAGCAGGGUAUUAAUGAAAUAAAUGGGCCUCUUAAGCAAUCAAAGCAUUGUUCACAUGGUUUGUAAACAUGGCAGGAAGCUGAAAUGUGCAUGGAAAUAUUUAUACAUACCUAAAUCAGUGUACAAACAAACACAGAUGCAGCAGCAACUUCACUGGAAAAUGUAUGUAUAAGGAGGCCA